AAGGGAGCCAGGGAGAGAUGCUCUUGACUCCACUCAGAUCCAUCCUGGGGACCAGAGCAGAAGCGGUCCGCACAGCACCCAGUCUCUGCUUGAGCUCCCGCUUCUUCUUUGCCGCUGGGCCUCGGCCCAGGAGCCACGACGGGCGACACGGAGCCGCCAGUGCUGGAGGGGGAGCCGUGGGUGCGGGGCAGCGUGGGGGCCGAGGCCCCGGGACGCCCGCCCGGCCCCAGGCCCCGCUCAGCCCGGGCGCCCCCACGGGUGCCCCCCCCUUCUUGGUCCGAGCAGUGUGAGUGUGCCCGGGAGCCCGGCGGCGGCGGCGGUGGCGGCGGCGGUGGCGGCGGCGUGGAAACCGGCGUGGGCUGGGGGGUCCGAGCCGCGGGGGGCAGUGCCAUGCACAAGCACCAGCACUGCUGUAAGUGCCCUGAGUGCUAUGAGGUGACCCGCCUGGCCGCCCUGCGGCGCCUCGAGCCUCCGGGCUACGGGGACUGGCAGGUCCCCGACCCCUACGGGCCAGGUGGGGGCAACGGCGCCAGCGCGGGUUAUGGGGGCUACAGCUCGCAGACCUUGCCCUCGCAGGCGGGGGCCACCCCCACCCCUCGCACCAAGGCCAAGCUCAUCCCCACCGGCCGGGAUGUGGGGCCGGUGCCUCCUAAGCCAGUCCCGGGCAAGAGCACCCCCAAACUCAACGGCAGCGGCCCCAGCUGGUGGCCAGAGUGCACCUGUACCAACCGGGACUGGUAUGAGCAGGCCAGCCCUGCACUCCUCCUAGUGAACCCCGAGGCACUGAAGCCCAGCCUCUCGGUGAAUGGCAGCGAUGGCAUGUUCAAAUAUGAGGAAAUUGUACUUGAGCGGGGCAACUCUGGCCUGGGCUUCAGUAUUGCAGGUGGCAUCGACAAUCCCCAUGUCCCUGAUGACCCUGGCAUCUUUAUUACCAAGAUUAUCCCUGGUGGAGCAGCUGCCAUGGAUGGGAGGCUGGGGGUGAAUGACUGUGUGCUGCGGGUGAAUGAGGUGGACGUGUCAGAGGUGGUACACAGCCGGGCGGUGGAGGCGCUGAAGGAGGCAGGCCCUGUGGUGCGACUGGUGGUGCGGAGACGACAGCCUCCACCCGAGACCAUCAUGGAGGUCAACCUGCUCAAAGGGCCCAAAGGCCUGGGUUUCAGCAUUGCUGGGGGUAUUGGCAACCAGCACAUCCCAGGAGACAACAGCAUCUACAUCACCAAGAUCAUUGAGGGGGGUGCUGCUCAGAAGGAUGGACGCCUACAGAUCGGGGACCGGCUGCUGGCGGUGAACAACACCAAUCUGCAGGAUGUGAGGCACGAGGAAGCUGUGGCCUCACUGAAGAACACAUCUGAUAUGGUGUAUUUGAAGGUGGCCAAGCCAGGCAGCCUCCACCUCAACGACAUGUACGCUCCCCCUGACUACGCCAGCACUUUUACUGCCUUGGCUGACAACCACAUAAGCCAUAAUUCCAGCCUGGGUUAUCUCGGGGCUGUGGAGAGCAAGGUCAGCUACCCUGCUCCUCCUCAGGUUCCCCCCACCCGCUACUCUCCUAUUCCCAGGCACAUGCUGGCUGAGGAGGACUUCACCAGAGAGCCCCGCAAGAUCAUCCUGCACAAAGGUUCCACAGGCCUGGGCUUCAACAUCGUAGGAGGAGAGGAUGGAGAAGGCAUUUUUGUCUCCUUCAUCCUGGCAGGAGGCCCAGCUGACCUGAGUGGGGAGCUGCGCAGGGGAGACCGGAUCUUAUCGGUGAAUGGAGUGAAUCUGAGGAAUGCAACUCAUGAGCAGGCUGCGGCUGCUCUGAAACGGGCCGGCCAGUCAGUCACCAUUGUGGCCCAGUACAGACCUGAAGAAUACAGUCGCUUUGAAUCGAAGAUACAUGACUUGCGAGAACAAAUGAUGAACAGCAGCAUGAGCUCUGGAUCUGGGUCCCUCCGAACAAGUGAGAAGAGGUCCUUGUAUGUCAGGGCCCUGUUUGACUAUGAUCGGACUCGGGACAGCUGCCUGCCAAGCCAGGGGCUCAGCUUCUCUUAUGGUGACAUUCUUCAUGUCAUUAAUGCCUCUGAUGAUGAGUGGUGGCAGGCAAGGCUGGUGACCCCACACGGAGAAAGUGAGCAGAUCGGUGUGAUCCCCAGUAAGAAGAGGGUAGAAAAGAAAGAAAGAGCUCGAUUGAAAACUGUGAAGUUCCAUGCCAGGACGGGGAUGAUUGAGUCUAACAGGUCGAUCAAAAAGAAACGUAAAAAGAGUUUCCGCCUCUCUCGAAAGUUUCCAUUUUACAAGAGCAAAGAAAACAUGGCCCAGGAGAGCAGCAUACAGGAACAGGGAGUGACAUCCAACACCAGUGACAGCGAAAGCAGUUCCAAAGGACAAGAGGAUGCUAUUUUGUCAUAUGAGCCAGUGACACGGCAAGAAAUUCACUAUGCAAGGCCUGUGAUCAUCCUGGGCCCAAUGAAGGACCGAGUCAAUGAUGACCUGAUCUCCGAAUUUCCACAUAAAUUUGGAUCCUGUGUGCCACAUACUACCCGACCUCGACGUGAUAAUGAGGUGGAUGGACAAGACUACCACUUUGUGGUGUCGCGCGAACAAAUGGAGAAAGAUAUUCAGGACAACAAGUUCAUUGAAGCAGGCCAAUUUAAUGAUAACCUCUAUGGGACCAGCAUCCAGUCAGUGCGGGCAGUUGCAGAGAGGGGCAAGCACUGCAUCUUAGAUGUUUCCGGCAAUGCUAUCAAGAGACUGCAGCAAGCACAACUUUACCCCAUUGCCAUUUUCAUCAAGCCCAAGUCCAUUGAAGCCCUUAUGGAAAUGAACCGAAGGCAGACAUAUGAACAAGCAAAUAAGAUCUAUGACAAAGCCAUGAAACUGGAGCAGGAGUUUGGAGAGUACUUUACGGCCAUUGUACAGGGUGACUCACUGGAAGAGAUUUAUAACAAAAUCAAACAAAUCAUUGAGGACCAGUCUGGGCACUACAUUUGGGUCCCAUCCCCUGAAAAACUCUGAAGAAUCCCCUCCAACCAUUCUCUUGUGAACAGAAGAAAUCAAGUCCCUCUUCCCUCCUCCCUCUUCAUUCCUGUCCCCAUGGGGAGAACAAAUGCUACUGUUCUUGUCCCCUUUUUUAGAUAUGUCAAAAAAAAAUUGAGUUUUCUAGUCCUGUUCUUUUUUUUAAAUUUUUUUGUUUGUUUCAGUUUAUUUUUUGGGAUGAUGCCAUCUCAUUCAUCAUGUGACUGUGCCCAUUCCUGCAUGGACCUUUCCCAAGCGCUAGCACAGGUGCAAAAUCCAUCAGAGCCAUUGUUUUCAUAAAAACUAAGCAGAAGUGAAGAGAAAAGAGGAGGACUGAUGGAAAGACAGACUCUGGACAGCUGCACGGCUUGUGAAGUGAGCUAAAUGCACCACAUGAUGAGAUGCUCCUGGGCAUUUCUCCCUAUCUGUACUGCUGUCUUGCAGCUCUGAACGGUGCAACGUAAUGGCGACAGAAAGUAUCUUAUUUAUAUAUAGAUAUAUAUAUGUAAUUUAUAUAAAAUAUAUAGAAAUUAUUAUAUAUAUAUAUUAUACACUCUCAUAUAAUAUAUAUAUAUAUUCACACACAUUUGGGUUAGAAAAUCUAUGGAGACUUCAUCAAUGGUACUAUGUUAUUAGAGAAAUGCUUUAAUUUUCAUAUUCCAAUCAGAUGGCAUCUUCUAUCCCAGCUGGUUGGGAAGGGAUUGAAGAUGGUAGCAAGUGCUGCACUAAGGGCACUCGCAUUUGGUCAUUCUCUUGAGAGCUAGGAGGGGUCAGCCUGAGGCCUGAGAGAAAGGGCUUUUGCCUGGGGUGAGAGGGUUAGAGACUUGACCUGAAAGCAGCUGCUGCCCUUGAGGUGCAGCCAGUCCUGUGUGUGGACAGAGAGAAUGGCUAAUGAUGCUCCGCGUGGAAUUGCCUAUUGUUUUAUGCCACCUGAUGUGUCUGCAUGAGAGGUUUCCUUUUUGUUCCUUUUUAAGCUGCUGUUAAACCAAAACCAUGUUGUGCUACUGUGUCAGCCUUUUCAUUAUUGCAAAUUUUACUUUUACUAUUUAAGUGAAUGCAUAGAAUCCAGUUUGCCAAGGUUCUAAAGGCUUAUGAGGUCCUGAAGGAGCCAGGCCUUGUGAUGGAGUAGGUGACACAGGCCUGGUUGUCCUGUCAGCAGAAGGGAGAGCAGGGGCUGGGCUGAGAGGAGGACACGCAGGACUCCACUGAGGUUCCUUUCUGGGUUCCACCAACAGGGACAGGGAGUCAUUUGCCUUCCAGUUCUGUGCUGGGAUGGCGGGACAGCACUUGGCUUGCUUGGCCAGCCGCGUCGUGAGUUUGAUUUGGUUUUUUUUUUUGCAGCUGCUUCAUAUGCUCUGCUCCAGCCCCUCCCCAACAGCUGGUAGCUUAUGGUUUCUUCAAGAGGAAAGUAGACUUUAUGCUGUACAUUUGAGCUGUAGAGCUAAGAUUCGCUUGCUGGUGAGCUGUGAAACCUUGUUGCUUUUUCCCAGAGUCUGAUGGCAGUGACUGUGGUCAAGGGAAUCUUCACCACCACAAGUGCAGGCAGCAGGUGUGGUUCAGGUCUUCCCCCACCCCACUGUGCUCCUUUGAAGCCAACGUGCCUCCCUCGCCUCCAUACUGGAGGGACGAUGCAGGGGAGAACAGAGAAGUGCUUGGCCCUAGGGUUGAGGCAUUUGUUUCCUAGCCCGCUGGGUUAGGGCUGGUGUCAGCAAGGCAAUGUUGAGGAUGCUUUAAGCACUACCAGCCAAAUCCGGGAACUCUGUUAACAGUUGUCCAACCAGCAGAAUGAGGCUAACUGUAUAAAGCAUGGGACCCAGGAUGAGGAUAAGGAAAGGGCAGUGGCUUUCCCUGGGCAGUACACUGACUUGAAGGCAAAGAAGGAUAAAGUGACAGCCAACUGUGACUCUGGUGAGGAGGGGUGAGCAGAGAGGUUGAUUCUCUGUUGUUAACUAUGUGGCGAAGUCUCAGCCAUGCUCAGCCCUCCCCCCUCCCAGGGAAGAGAAACAAAGAUUCAAAGUAAGCAUGACACUAGUUGGUUUACCAGUGUUCCUUCCAAGGAGACAUAUAUUUUUUAAUAAACGAUAGUUGCAAUGAACUGUGGCUCAGAGACCUUCUUGAAGUAGUUGAGAAGGGAGGGCGUGGGCAAAGUAGUGGGAAGAACAUCCCAAACUUUUGGGGGCCAGAGGGCUUUCUCCUUAGUGAUGAUGAGCUAGCUGAGCUGGGCCGUCCUGAGGAUCGGUACAGCUCCCUGCGGUGGUGACAGGCCCUUUGUGAAAGGUGGGUGCUUGGUCUUCCACCCCAGCCCCAGACACUGCUUCAAACAGCACCAACUAGAUGGGAGUCCACAUCUGUGGUGGCAAAAUGCUGACAUUUUCCCAAGAGGUACACAAGGUGGGAGAGGCCUGCUAUAGCAAAGGUGUGUGUUAGAGAAAGCAGGGGCCUGAUUUAGUAGUAGAGAACUGGGUGAGAAAAAUGGCCAGAGAAAGUGACCUGCCAGCUACCAGUGUUUCCAAAAAUGAGGGUGGGAUGGGCCUAGUUGCAGAGCAGGACAGCAGUCAUCCCCAUCGCCUUCUGAGGAGGGGAGGGGUGCUUAGAGCAGGCAGUUCUGGCAGUUCUGACGUGGCAGGCGCCAUUGCAACUUGUGCGGAGGAGUCUUAGGAAGUGCUGUCAUAAUUCAUAAGGUCAAGAGCAACAUCUGGAUGAAUGAGCCACCUGAAAUGUGUGUGGGCUGAGCCACAGGAAGGGUGAGUCCUCUUGCUUGUGGCGCUUUCUGGUGUGCAGGUUGCUUGCUUUCCCACAUUCUCUCAUUUGCUAGAAGGCAGCCCAACAAAAGGGAGUCCCCAAAGAGCUCCAUGAGAGCUUAAGAAAAUUCAUCUCCUGAGGGCAAAGAGAACAAAGAUCUGGCCUAUGGUCACACUGUUGAGGCUCUGUCUUCACAGCUGAUGUUCUCCUAGUGGAGGUACAGCUGAAGAACAUUCAGCCCCAGCACGAGAAGAUACAGAGCAACUUGGAAACCCCAAAAGGAGACAUACCCUUAACACUGUGCCGUGCUGUGCUGUGCCGUGUCCUGAGGGAGGAGAGAGCCCUAUCUCCUCCUGGUUUUGUUGCUGACAUUGCAGCUGAUCAUGCCUUGACUCCUUCAUCUCUAACAGAGGAAGAACUGUAUUAUCAAACCUAUGGUCUACCCAUGAAUAAAUAAAAUAUUUGUUCAAUCACAAA